AUGGACGCAGACGCUCACUCAAGGUCCAGCGACAACCCCAAGGUCAGUAUUGACGACAGCAAAAUCCCCGUUCUGGAGGAUGGCGUCGCAGCUGAAACACCCAUGGGCGAGCGACGGAUUAUAUCUGCUAGUACGGCCAUCGACCCUGCCGCUGAGAGACGGCUGGUAUGGAAAUUCGAUCUUCGAAUCUUGCCUGUUUUGGCGGUUAUGUACCUGUUCAACGCGCUGGACAAAGGUAAUCUUGGCAACGCCAAAACCGCCGGCCUCGAAGACAGCCUCCACCUGAAAGGCGACGACUACAACCUAAUCCUCUCGAUCUUCUUCGUCCCUUACGUCCUGACAGCGCCAGUCCUAGGUAUAGCCGGCAAGAAAUUCGGCCCAAGUCGUGUCCUCCCGGUUAUGAUGUUCUGCUUUGGCUUUUCGACACUUAUGAUCGUCGCGGUCAAGAAUUUUGGUGGAUUGAUGGCUUGCCGGUGGUUCUUGGGCAUGGCUGAGAGCGCAUUCUUCCCGCUCGUCAUAUACUAUCAAACACUCUUCUACCGCCGUGGUGAAUUAGCUCGCAGACUUGCCAUGUUCUACGCGGCCUCAAACAUUGCCAGCGCGUUUGGCGGCCUGCUCGCAUUCGGCGUCUUUCAAAUCAGCUCCGGCUCCCUCGCCAACUGGCGCUAUCUGUUCGUCAUCGAGGGCGGGUGCAGUAUGCUCUUCGCCGUGUUCGCGUACUGGGUGCUCCCGUACAACGCAUCGUCGGCGACGUUUUUGAGCCCCGAGGAGAAACAACUGGCCUACUAUCGCAUUCAGGUCGACAGUUCGGCCAUUGUCGAUGAGAAGUUCGACCUGCGCACCGCGCUGUCCAUCUUCAAACACCCGACGUCCUGGAUCAUUCUGGGCAUUGAGAUAUGUCUGGGUGUACCCCUGCAGAGCGUUUCGCUGUUCCUGCCUGUCAUCAUCAAACGGCUCGGGUAUUCGACCGUCAAGACGAAUCUUUAUACCGUUGCGCCGAACGUCACCGGAGCGGUCAUGUUACUUGUCCUUGCCUUCGCAAGCGACUACACGAGGUUGAGGUUCCCGUUUGUGGCGCUGGGCUUUGCCUUUACAUUUAUUGGCUUCAUCAUCUACGCUUGUGUUGAUGUGCACACGCAACUGCACGUCGCAUACUUCGCUUGCUUCAUGAUGACAUGGGGAACAUCAGCCCCGAGCGUCAUCUUGGACGUCUGGUACAACAACAACAUCGCCGACGAGAACAAGCGGGUUAUGUUGACCAGUGUGGGCGUGCCGGUUGCAAACUUGAUGGGUGUGGUUAGUUCGAACAUUUUCCAAAGCAAAGAUGCGCCGAAAUACUUGCCCGCACUCGUGACGACAGCCUGCUUCGGCGCCGUGGGGUGCUUGCUGACGCUCCUGCUGGGCGCGUGGAUGGUUGUCGAUAACAAGCGGCGCAACAUGAAAGCCGGGAAGGUGAUCAGAGCGAAAGAUAUCCCGUCUGAGUUGUUGAGAGAUGGGCCGAGUGUGGACGAGUAUAGGUGGUUCUACUAACUUACCCUACGGACAUGCACAUUGGACGGGCCCGGAGACACAGCUGCUCGGACUGAGGCUGCAAAACGUGUGGAGGAGGGAUGUACAUGGACAGUCGACGAAUGAAAGCGUGCUGUCCGGUCUUAGUGGAUUGAGAUAUGAUGAGACUCAGCCUUGGGGAGACGCUCCCGUCUUCGCUCUCUAUGGACGACGUUCCAGUCUACAUGCAUUGCCUUGAUGGCGCUGACGUUUUUGGCCAGUGA